CGGAGAAAGCUUAACCUUAGCCCCUCAAUUUUGCCACCGUCUCUCUCGAUUCCUUCCAUCCAGUUCCGAACCCUUCUUCCCCUUCUCCCCCAUGGCCGCCGCCAAUUGGAAUCCGCCUACCCUUCCCGAGUGCGACGGUUACGACGCCGCCGUCCUCCUCGACACGCGGUGCUACAUAGCCGAUCUUCACAACUGCACCACCGCCUGGGGCACCACGAGCAGAGGCUCCCCGAUCCAGGUGACCUUCUGCGCCGCCCGCCCGCCUCUCCUCUCCCACUUUUGCCUCCGCUGCCCCGACCUGGACUUCCUCCGCUCAAAGCCUAUAGUCGUCGCCACCGACGCCGACCUCGUGCUCCUCCGCGUCCCCAUCGACCUCAAGGCGCCCCUUGAUGCACGGUCCUGGGACUACUUCGUAUACAAGCCGCAAGCCCAUCAGCUGGACCUGCUCCCGAACCCGCACCCCAUGAGCUUCCACGACUCUGCGACCGCCCUCCUCAGCCGCGAAGACGACGCCUGGUACGCCGUCGCCGCCAUCAGCAGUUGGUGCCCAGUGUACGAGAGCAAUGGUGACUCGAUCAUUAGGUGGGAUUUCCGCCUCCACCUGUACCGCUCCUCCGAUUCCAAGGGUUGGAUCACCACACCUGUGUCAGUGGAGGAGCUUGUGAGGGACAAGCUUGUCCCGUUGCCUUGCGAUGUGGAGGCUGAGAUGAUGUAUCACAAGACGGCCAAGACUCUCCCAAUUGGUGGUGAGCGUGGUACUGUAGCCUGGGUGGACCUCUGGCGUGGCAUCCUCCUCUGUGAUGUACUCGGGGAGCGACCAGCGUUCCAAGACAUCCCACUACCUGUACCUGCAAGGGGAAACUGGGGUCGUCUCCUCGAGCAAUGUGAGCCCAACUAUGUCCGUGAUGUUGCCAUCACUCGGCACAAAGACACUAUCAAGUACAUUGAGAUGGAAACCUGGCCACCAAGAAAGUUGAUGAAGACCCCUGAUUCCUAUUCGGAAUGGGUGCGCUCUAAGUCAAGCAUCACUCAGGUGAUCCCUGGUGGAUGGAAGGCCACAACAUGGAGCAUGCCAAUACCAGUUGGGUCAUUCACUGAUUGGCAGCUUGACUGUCGAGUUGAAGCCAAUGAUGUUAGCAUGGAUACCAGCAACCCGCAUCAGUGCAACCUGCUGUCUAGGCUGAGCGGCAGCAACACCGUGCCAAUAUUGCCGAAACUUCUGAUGGCAUACCCUACUAUCAGCAUAGAUGAUGAUAUUGUCUACUUUAUUUAUACUACCAAACCCAGGCACAUGGGAAAAUUGGAGUUGGUGAUUGCUGUCGAUGUGAGGAACAAAGCCCUCCGAGGAGUAGCCGAGCUUGAUGCCCAGAAGAAGUUCAUUAGCGUGCCUGCCUUUUGCACCUGUAAGAUCUGCAAAUAUCCGAGGAAGAAUACAGGCACAGCAGUAGAGCUUAAACGAACUGAAAAAGAAGCUGUUAAGCGAACUGACAAAGAUCUUGGAACUGGUAAACCAACUAGGGUGCAUGUGAAGGAACCAACCCGCACAAGGCCGCCUGUGAAUAAGAGGGUAUUGAAGACCUUGGAGUUGCUACAAGCGAGAUCCUGGAGCUGCCCAAGGAGACUUGGUGAACAGACGCCCGAUGCUGAAAUUGCUAUCAAGUAGCUUGUUUAACUGAUUUAUGAGGAUUGUGCCAAAAAUAAUUAUCAGACAUGGGUACUUGAUUUAUGUGGAACUUGUAUAGGCUCGUCUCACCAGAGCUUAACUUGUCCGAUUGUUAUACUCUGAAUCCAAGCAACUUUGUUUUAUUUCUUUGAGUGACUAAUGUUUUACUGUCAA